AUGUUGUUCCUCAUUCUACGUUUUACUGAUCUUCAUGUAUUUGCCUCAACAUUAAGAAUAAGUUUCCCUACUAUAAAUUUAUCUCUCUUGCAUACAAUAAUAAUGACAACAACAUUGGGUUAUCAACAUCAUCAUCUCUAUGACUUCCUCGAACAAAUAGAACUUCAAGCAUAUUUUGACAUGAUCGUGAAACAACUGAAGGUUUAUAGUGUAACAGAUUUAAAAUAUGUUGAAGAAAAUGAUUUUCUUCAAAUUGGUCUUUCAAAACCACAAUUUAGAAAAAUGAAACGACAUUUAGUACAUGAAAAAAAUGGGAGUAGCGGCGGUAGAGCAUUUUCGACAUUAGGCAAAUUAGCUAAAAAAAUAACUCAGCGUUCAGAUGGCUCGUUAAUAACUCAGAGUACAACAAAUUUGAACAGUAGUAAUAAUAAUCAUCACCAUCAUCAUAAUAAUAAUAAUCAUAAUGGAUUUUAUGGAAAUGGAAAUGAUUUCUCAAAAAAUAAAUUGAAACGUCAACAAUCACUAAUUGAUGGUUCAAUGGAAUCGUCAUCCUCGUCUUAUAAUUCGAAAAAUAUUAUAUCACCAAAUCAAAUACAAAUAAUUGAACAAAUUGGUGAAGGUGAAUUUGGUACGGUAUCAAAAGCAUUUUGGAGAACAAAACAAAAUGAAUUGUUAACGGUUGCCGUUAAAAGUUUACAUAAAGAAAACUUAGAACAAUAUGGUACUGAUGAAGUGUUGAAAGAAGUGUCAAUAAUACAGGAUAUUGAACAUAAGAAUAUUGUGCAAUUUUUUGGCAUUGUUAUUACGCAUGAUGGAAAAUUUAUGCUGGUCACUGAAUAUGCUCCAUCUCGUUCAUUAUACGAAUGUUUAAUUUCAUCCAACGCUAAAAUCGAUUAUCCUGUUCAAAUGUUACUCGAUUACUCCAAACAAAUUGUCUCGGCAAUGACUUAUUUAGAAAAGAAUAAUUUUAUUCAUCGUGAUUUAGCGUGUCGAAAUUUUCUUGUAUUUAAUAAAACACUUGUUAAACUUAGUGAUUUUGGUUUAUGUCGAUUAUGUCGAGCAGAAAAAGAUUAUUAUAAAACAUAUUAUAAAGAUACGUUACGUUUACCAAUUGCUUGGAUGUCACCAGAAGCAAUUAAUUUUUUAAAAUUUACAACAUCAAGUGAUGUUUUUUCAUUUGGAGUAUGUCUAUGGGAAAUGUUUUCCUAUGGAAAAGUACCAUGGACAGGGAUGACAAGUGCCGAAAUUGUGAACGCAAUUGAUACACCGAAUCAUCAACGAUUAGCUCGACCUUCAUAUUCUACACCAGAAAUUUAUGAUGUUAUGUUGGCAUGUUGGCGAUAUGAGCCAGAAAAACGACCAACUUUUUUACAAUUACAAAAAACUCUUUCAGAUAUCGAUUUCAAACAAGUUCGAUGGAAAGAGAAGAAAAAAUAUACUGGAACAUUACCAAAUGAUUUUUUAUCAUAUGAGUGCAGUAGUACCGGUCCACUCACAAUCAUUGAUCGAUGUUUAACAGUACCAUUGUCUUCGACGGUUACAACAUUUACUGAUAAUACAACGAAUAAUUUUAUACAAUGUGUAACAUCAAAUGGGCAAAUUGGCUAUAUUUAUAGUGAUUACGUUGAACCUGUGCAUGUUAUUCAACUAAUUCGGCAACCAUCAUCUUCUUCAGUGUCAACUACGAUGAACGGAUUUUUUAAAAAAACAACAGAUACAAAAAAGAGUUCAGCAAAAAAAUGCAAACAAAUUUCAAAAGAAAUGAUUGGAUUACCACAAGCAGACUUUAUACACGCGUUUCACAUUGGAGUCUCAGGCGAUACUUUCGGUGAUGUAGCUUGCUUGGGUGGCGCAAAUACAGAAAUUAUGAAAACAACGGUUGUUAAAAAACCCUCGCCACCUUCAACAAUGAUUAAUGGAUUAGCAUCCAACGUUGUAACGACAUGCUCGGCUCUUAAGUCACCUUCACCUGAUUAUUACAAACAACCAUCAUCUACAAUAAGUCAAACACUUAGUUCCAGUAUUAGUAACACUAACGAAGCAUCAAAUGAAUCACAAGAAAUUGUCGGCAAAUCACCAUCAAAUGCUCAAUCAUUACUUGAUGAAGUUAUGCAAGCAUUCAGUGAAAUUUACGUCGAUGAUACCAAGAAAACUGAUUCAAUCGCGAACGAUGAAACAGUACUCGAACGGACAGCUGAUAUUAAUAGUAGUAGUAAUAAUCAUGUUGGGACAAAUGGACUUUCUCAUCGACCACCAGCCAAAUUAUUUCGAACCGAGCAACAACAGGAUCAAACGACAUAUAAUUUUCAACUUGGCCACAUUUCUCCAGCAGAAUCGAUUCAUACCACUGACAAUGAUCCAAACAGUCGGUCACCAUCGACACUUUCAAAACUUUUACCAAAGUUAACAUUAAAAAAAUCCAACGAUUCAUCAUGUCGAUUUUCUCGUGAACUGGAGCAACGUUUACAGAAUGGCGAUGAAUUAGUUGUCAGUGAAGAGGCCAAAAAUGCAUACGAUCUACUUAUCAAUGGUUGUCGAUCUGCAUCACCAACAAGUCCCACACAUUCUCAUAUCCCAGAUUCAUCAACACCACUUUUUCUACGUUCACGCUGCACUAGUGGUGAUUUGGAACAUCACCAACAAUUACAGCAGCAAGGACCAACAUCGGAUAUUCAACAAGAAAUUCUUCCGCAUCAAUCGACAUCAAUUUUAUUCGGUUCCUCCUCGUCUUCAUCGAAUAUAUCUUUAUCUACAACAAGUUCAUCUCGUUUACAAAAUAAUUCAAAAAAUUUAUCGUCUGUAUCUAAUUCAUCAUCAUCUUCAGCUAACGUUGCACCUAUACGUAGUUAUCAUCACAACGAUCGUAAUUCGCAUUAUUCAGCCACAUCAACAGACAACGACGUUAGUAUUGAUCUUCAAAAUGGUGAACAUCAUACAUCAACUCAACAGAGAAAUGCAAAUCAUCCGUUAUUUAUAGCAACAGGAGGAGGAAAUAUUAAAAGUCCAACACAAUUAACCGUUUCAACUGAUACAAGAGAUAAUUGUUCAGCAUCACCUCUCAGACUUCUUCGAUCCGGUGGUACUCCGUCGUUAUUGCCUAAACCAAUUCGACAACAACAACACCAACAACCAUCAUCUUCUUUAUUACAAGCACAAACGUGUGUAACUGGAACUCAAUUACUCACUCCAUCAUCAUCAAACUCAAAUACAUUAGAUAACUCACAUAAUCACAAUGAUUCAAAUGGUAUUUUAAUCGAAGAUAAUCUAUCACUUUCGAAUUCUAGUACCAGUACACAUUCGUUUUCAUCGUCUCAUAUAAAUCAUCCAAUGACAACUAUUUCUGUUGUAAAUAAUAUAGGACAACAAUUACCACCUCCUCCUGAUCUUUCCUCUCUUGGUAGUAAACUAACCACAGCUACAACAUUGCACACACUUAAACUACCAUUGCCAAUCCCACAAACAACUUCAACCAAUCAUUAUCGAACAAAAAAACGUUUUAAUUUGUUUGCAUCAUAG